CAGCUUUUCAUCUUCGUUUGUAGUCUUGCAGAGCUCCGAAAAAAAGGAAGGGAAGCUCAAAGCCGUUUUACGAAAUUCGACAACUCGCCGAUUUAGCUCAGUGACGCGGUCCCCGUUCCGAGUGUCUCGCGCCUGUUGAUUCUCUGCUACUGAGUCGUCGGAGUCUUAUGGUUCAGUUGAUGAGUUUGGGGAUGGUCGGGUCGGAGGCCAAGGAUAACAAAACGAUGGCGGUCAAGUUGGAGGUCGAGGAAUCGCCGGAGAUUAAACUCGGACCCCUUCAAAAGCGACCCAAGCUUGACUCUUUUUCUCAGCAGUUGAGUUCUGAUGCUACGGCAGUCCUGCCAACAGAGUAUAAUCCACUUGAUGAGCCAAGCCCGCUAGGCUUGCGUCUCAAAAAGAGUCCAUCCCUUUUGGACUUGAUCCAAAUGAAGCUCUCUCGAGGGAAUGCAGCGAAAUUGGAUACUCUAGGCAAGAAAAGUCACAAGGGAAGUGGUAAUACAAGUGCUAUGGACAAGCUUAAGGCUUCGAAUUUCCCAGCCUCAAUUCUACAGAUAGGGAGUUGGGAGUAUAAGUCAAAGCAUGAAGGAGAUUUAGUGGCAAAAUGUUACUUUGCAAAGCAUAAACUUGUAUGGGAAGUUCUUGAUGGUAGUCUUAAGAACAAGAUAGAAAUUCAGUGGUCAGACAUUGUGGCACUCAACGCAACCUAUCCAGAUGAUGCUCCGGGGACUUUGAAUGUUGUGUUGGCUAGACAGCCCCUUUUCUUUAGGGAAACCAAUCCACAACCCAGAAAACACACCUUAUGGCAGGCAACAUCGGAUUUUACUGGAGGACAAGCUAGUAUACACAGGCGACAUUUUCUGCAGUGUCCGCAAGGCUUAUUGGGGAAGCAUUUUGAAAAACUUGUUCAAUGUGAUCCUCGUAUCAACUUUUUGAGUCAACAGCCAGAAAUUGUGUUAGAUUCACCAUAUUUUGAAUCCAGAGUUACGACAAUCAAUGACCCAAAUGAGUUUAGCCAUGGAUUUCAUAAGAAAGGAGAAGAUGGAUCUGUUUUUCUUGGUUUGCAGGAUGCUAUAUCACCAUUGGCUGCUCAGUCAUCCUCAAAGAAUGAACAAGAGUUGUCUGGUAGAGCUCCUGAAAAUUAUUCCCAGGAUAUUCCUUCGCCUAGCUCAGUUAUGGAUGCCCAUGCGAUUGAAGAAAUCAAGAGCUUUGAAGCCGUGAACUCAAAGUUGCUCAGCAAUUGGGAUCAAAUCAAAGUGCCUGGACUUCAUCCCUCAGUGUCAAUGAGUGAUCUAGUGAACCACAUUGGAAAUUGCAUUUCUGAAAAGAUGACAUCUGGCAAUUCCCUGUUUGACGGAAAGCAGCAGCAGCAGCGUAAAGACAUGCUGGAGGAGAUUGCUCAGUACUUGUUUAAUGACUCUCAGAAUGCAAUGGCCUCAGACGAGAAGUCCCUCAUGUCAAGAGUCAAUUCCCUUUGUUGCUUGCUGCAGAAAGAUCCUUCCGUGGCACAAAACUUGCAAGGAAAAAACGAUGACAGUUUAGGUGGAAAUGGCACUGGAGAAACGAGCAAAAGUAAUUUCAAUUAUGCAUCAGGAAGCAAGGCUACACCGGGCUUUCCUUCGUCAAUGAGGGAAUCCAAUGAUGUUUCUGCUGAUUGCAAGCAGGCUCAGGCCAUGUCAAGGAAGGACUCAUUUGGAGAGCUCCUUCUGACUCUUCCUAGGAUAGCAUCUCUACCACAGUUCUUCUUCAACUUGGCCCAAGAUUCUGAUAAUCAAGCAAGAUAGUAAUCAUCUUCAGCCACCAACCUUGACGAAUCCUGUAAAAAGCAUAGGUUCAGAAAUCACGUAUCCCUGUUUUGAUCUGUGAAUAUAUAACAUGGUUGUAGUUUGUUACCAAAUGAAUGUAAAGCUCUGGGGAGUAAGAAGUUUAUAUCU